CACGUACUGGACGUCACAUCUGUCAUCAUGUGGGGCUAAAAACGAUCAAGACGUCGCUGUAUAGGAUGCUCCAGAUCGCUAUAUAGGACAGCAAGAAGAACAUGGCUGAAGACAGACUAGAGGUUCGAUAUUUCCCGCGGUGCAUCGGCGACAACGCAAUGGUAAUGGGAGCAUUUAUAAAAACAAUCGCCAACAAUCCAAGAGAAUUCUGGGAUCGGAAUGGGAGCCGGGAUUACUUUGCCGACAUGAGCGAAUCCAUAUACCAACACCGGCUGUCGAACAAGCGGGCCGACGCGAUCAAAUCUUUUUUUUACCGGCACAAAUAUCACGUAUACCGCGUAAUCGAUCAUUUCCGGGAUACUCACCAGAACACGCCAGCUCUAGAAAUCGGCCAACACUGGCUCGAUUUGAGGCGGUCCACCACCAUCCCGGAAGCCCGAUUGUGGUACAAUACGAACCGGCACUUGUUCAAUUUCUAUGAACUCGAUCGCGAGCCCGAGAACAGGCAGUGA